UCUUUUAUUUAUUUUUUCACUUUUUCUUUCAAUUUCCAGUAUUGCCUAAAUGCAACAACAACAACCAAAUGGAACUUCAAUACCCAACAACUUUCAACAAACAAUUAAUUCCAUUACAUACCCCCAAUUACAACAACAGCAACCAUUAUAUUUCGAAACAACAAAUUCAACUUCAAAUAAUUCUGACAAUUUUUAUUCAAUGCAACUUCAACCUUUUCAAACACAACAAAUCCAAACUGGAGAGUUACUCGAAACAAAACAACAAAAAAGUUCUGCUGAACAAUUUAAUGUAAAUAAUGAAAAUAUAAUUAAAGUAAGAGAUUAA